ACUUAGAUAUUUCAUCCUAGUAUUGAUUUGGUAACAGCUUCCUACCGGAUUAUUGGUAGAUUGUCUCUGGAGUGGUAAUGUACUUCGGAUUUCAGUCCUUCUCAGAGUCUUGGUCGAUCUGUAUCUCACUCAUAAUGAGCAAACCUUCAGCUUUAAAAACUACCCUCUACCUGCCGCUGUGGUUGCUUGUGCCUCCCUUAAUUUUGGCCUGGCUUCCCUUCUACCUUUAUCGCUGUCUAGUCAAACUUAUCGCAAUGCUGUUAAGACCACAUCUGAAGACCAUUCUGACACCUGGCGACGCAAGAUUUUCGUACGAUCGAAUCUACACGUGUCCCGCAAGUACGGUGCUGGCAGGUCUUGAAUUGGAGGGAGAAGUUGAUCCACACCUCAUCCGGGAGACUUUCAGGACCCAGAUACUCUCAGCGAGGGAUGAACACGACGCCCUGCUAUACCCUGAACUGGGUUGGACGAUUAAGGAAUUUAUGGGAUUUCCAUUCUGGGCUGAGGCCACAAUAAUUGAGAAUCCAGUAAGCGUAGUCAAAGAUAUGACGAAAGACAAAAUACUUGAUUAUCAAACCCAGUUUACAUUCAAACCCUUCGCAUCAAACGGACCAUUGUGGGAGCUUGUGAUUGUACAUGUUAAAAUUAAUUCAAGCCUGGAAACACCAUCUUCAACUAUUUUAUUCCGCUUCCAUCACGCCCUUGUUGACGGUGUUGGAAUCUUCCAUCUCUUUCAGAAGAUGGUAACACAACAAAGUGUAGAAUCAACAAGGAAAAUUUCCAUUAAGACGAGUACAAUGUCGCCAAUUCGGUAUUUGGGAAUGCCGUACGACUUUAUGCAGACGUGCCGUGCCGGAUCCCGAACCGGGGGCUUUAUUCAGGAUACAAAUAUAAGAACAACCUUGGACGACAAGUGUUCACCUUGCGAAGCCGCUGCUUACAUCCGAUUCCACAUCAGUGAACCCAUCCUAUUUAGUAGAAUUCGUCACUUGGGGAUGCGCCACGGCGUGAGUGGAACGGCGGUUAUGCAUUCGGCAAUCUUGGGUGCCGUCCGCAGCUCAUUUUUCGCCGAGAAGGCGCCAAUUUCGGCCAAAGUAACGGUUGAAACAACGCUUCUUCCACCAUGGAAAAGGGAUAGACUACUCGGGAACAAUCUGACGCAUGGCAGGUACACGGGCAACAUAGGAGAAGUGGAUGCUCGAAAACGUCUAAUUUGCACUAACGAGGCAUUCACGUCCAUGAAAGAGUCAACCUCUCCUGUCACCUCAGCCCUAAUCUCGAACGCCCUGUCCAGCCUCCCGCGUCCCAUUGUUAAACAAAUUCAGAAACUUCAUGAAGGACGUGAAAGAAUUUUAAUUGUGAAUAUCGUCGGUCCUGAGGAAAACCCAAAGUUUUGUGGGUAUUUGUCAAAAAAUGUGUCUCUAAUGUAUGGAUUUUGCGCCACUUAUUCAGGCCUUAUCUUCGGGUUAAUCACGUUCGGGGGUACCCUGAGAAUUGGUGUCUUUGGAAAUCGAAACCUUCUUCUACGCAGUGGCCAAGCAGAAGAAAUUACACGUGCAUUUAUGCGGGAGCUGGACGACUUAGAAAUUAUGAAUUGAGUUGAAAUUUGCAAGCGUGGGCAACUAGAAAUAUUUAUGCAUACAUUGGUCUCUAAACAUGACUGCUCGCAUUGAUUUGUUUAAUAGAGCAUUAAUAAAUUAUUCAUUCAUUAUGUUAUGUAAUUAAUUCAUAAACAAAUAUUUUUUUUUU